AUGGACGAUGGCGAUGACGACGGCCAUGAUCAAGCAGGCUCGGACAAUGAAAGUGACGAUGACGGAAAGCCGUCUAGGAAGAAGAAGAAGGGCCAGAGAUUCUACUGCACCGACUUUCCGCCAUGCAAUCUCAGCUUUACUCGCAGUGAGCAUCUGGCCCGGCACAUCCGGAAACAUACUGGCGAACGCCCCUUUGAAUGCCACUGCUCCCGCCGCUUCUCUCGACUCGACAAUCUGCGCCAACAUGCCCAGACAGUACAUGUUAACGAGGAGAUACCUGGUGACUCCCUAGCAGCGACUGGCACCAGGUUCCAGAGACAGAUCCGAACAGACCGCGUACGUCCACAGAACGUGAGACCUAGAGCAUCGACUGCUGGUAACGGUGGACACAGCGCGUACAGCAGAGGGCACAGCAGAAAUCUGUCAGCUUCUAGCGUCCUCUCAACUACAUCGAGCCUGGCCAUGUCGGAUAUUGGAGAGAGUCGUCCACGCCCGUCUCCUUUGAUGUUGAACCAGGACCCCGUGGCAAGGGCGAGACUUAGCCUGGAUACCUUCAACCCAGCGAUUCCCAACAAUGGUCCUCAGUUUGGUUACUACCAACAGUCGCCUAGUGGAUACAGCUCUCCGACCUCGUCCAACUUCUCUACUGGCGAAGGCAGCCCUAGAUUCCAAGCCACCAUGCAGUCACCAUCGCUCCCGAUCGCCAGGUCAUCCUUCUACAACGGCACUAGAACACCCUCUCGUCGGUUAUCUGUACCAUCCGGCGUCAGUCCUUACUCACCACAAACUGCAACCUACCAGCCUGUUUACUUUGCCCCGCUUCCUUCCGGUCCGACUCCUCAGUACUCAAACACAAACAUGGUCGCUAGUCCCACUGCCUCAACAUUUUCCAACCACCGCCGUGCUGAGUCUGACGCAGAGCUCGAGUGGAGGAGGAGAACAUGGCAUCCUAGCACUCACGCAAACUAUGCCAGUCGUCCUGCAACUAGUGGUCUGGCUUACAACCAGACUCCUGACGAUGCUGCUCCUGCUCUUGCCUCCCAGCCGGCAGCAAGUCAAGUCACCAGACUUCCCGGUAUCGAAAGCUUCGACCAUGCGCCUCCCCCUCCUGUUGUCCCGUCACGCAAUGCCACCAGUCCUGUGCAGAUUGAACCUGCGCGUCGGUGGGAGCACACUCUCCAUCAUGGUCUAAACAGAUUGGAGAUUGCUCACCCCCCUGUGGAUCCGUCUCGAAUACUGCCAAGCCAGCUACCGAUUGAACCCCGUCUUGAACAGCCUCAACAGCCUGCUCCUGGGUAUGCAUUGCCUCAGUUGCAGCCACCUGCGGAUAUACGUCCGGUCGCCGAUGACCGUGCAAACAAGCGCCAAGCCUGGUACGGUGGUCCGAUGGGGCCUCCCCAAGGGAGUCAGCCGAUCAUGAUCGCGCAUCGUACUUCACCAGAAUCCAGUAGCAGCGAAGGCAUCCCCACGCCUUCAACUUCUCAAGGCAGAGAACUGCAUCCGGCUAUCAUGCACGCAAAUGGCAUGGUUGAGCUGCAGCCUCCGGAUGCUAUGCUGACUGAUGAGCAAAGAGCUCUUCAGGCGCAUUAUCAGGGCAAACCCGAACCCACCAGGGCAGACUCUGGCUUCCACAGCUACUUGCAUAUGCCUGGUCAAGCACAUCCUGUGUAUGUCAUGCAAGCUGGUCACAAUAUGCAGGUUCAAUCUCCUGAAUGGCGUCCCGCGCCUGUCAAUCCUCGAGCCAAUCCCGAUAUGGGCAGACUUGAAGCACUUGUGGCUGUUGCCACAAGCGAGAAUCGAGCUGUGGAACACCGCAGUUGA